CACAAAGAAGUUAGUUAACAGUAUGAAGUAAGGUUAAGUGACACCAGUUUAAUGUUAUUUAGCUGAAGUGACUAAUUUGACUAAAAAUUUAGUUAGUAAAAAGUAACUAAAUUUUGCAGGUGCAAGAAGUUAUUAAUUUUACUAGCUAAUAAAAUGGUUCCAGAAUUUCUUAGCAUUUUUUUACUGAUAAGAUGCUACGGCAGCUACUGACAACUAAGUAACCGCAAUACAAGUAUGUCCCAUAAGAAAGAAUUUGUUUGGGGGGAGGGAGAAAAAGCGGGAGGCAAUGUUGCGCUUGUUAGACUUUUAGGUUCACGGGCCCCAAAUACAAGGGUCUCAGGUCUUAUUUUCUCAGUUAAUAUGAUUUGAUUUGAAAGAAAACAUUCGACAUGGAAGUAAGAAAAUGUAGGUGCUCUUCAGCUCGCCACCUGGAUUUUUGUCAAUUUCGUAAGGGAAUAGUCGAUGGUGUAUUUAUUUAAUGUAAGCUUAGGCUGAAUGUGUGCUGGAGUAUUUUAGGAACAAGUUACUUGUAAUGCCUAACGCACUUUUACCACAAAAUCUGAACAGACAAAGACAAUUACAACUUUAUCAACAAGAUCAAGUCCUACCACUCCAACAAAAUAUAGCUAGAGCCCUUGUUAUUGUGGAAGAACCAGAUAAUGAAGGUGUGGAAAAUAUCCAUUUAAAUCCAAUACAAAAUAGUGGUAGUCACAACUGGCAAUCUUCACAUGGUACAGUAAAAGAUCGAAUUUUGUUUUUAUUCAAUAAUGAAGUUUUAAGUGAUAUUCAUUUUGUUUUGGGAAAAGGGACUUCAGAGCAGCAGUGUAUCCCUGCUCACAAAUUUGUAUUGUCUAUUGGGAGUGUUGUGUUUGAUGCUAUGUUCAAUGGUGGAUUUUCUUCUGAGCAGUACAGUGAAAUAAACAUACCAGAUAUCGAACCAGCAUCCUUUUUAUCACUUUUAAGAUUUCUUUAUACUGACGAAGUCUCCAUUGGCCCAGACACUGUAAUGAGUACUUUGUAUGCUGCAAAGAAAUAUGCAGUUCCAACAUUAGAAAAAAGAUGUGUUGAGUUUUUAAAGAGCAACUUAGGACCAGAUAAUGCUUUUACUUUACUUUCACAAGCUAGACUUUUUGAUGAACCACAACUAGCUGAAAUGUGCCUAGCAUGCAUUGAUAAAUUUACUGUGGAUUCCUUAACUGCUGAAGGCUUUACUGAUAUUGAUGUGGGAACGUUAAAAUCUAUUCUUGAAAGGGAUUCAUUAAGUGCAAGAGAGAGUCAGCUGUUUGAAGCUGCUGUCCGUUGGGCUGACCAUGAAUGCAGACGACAAGACAUUGCUAAUUCUUGCAUCAACAAAAGAAAGGUGUUAGAAGAUGCGCUUUACUUGAUCCGUUUUCCACUAAUGACAUUAGAAGAAUUCGCAAAUCUUGUGGCACAAUCUGGCAUAUUGACUGAUAAAGAACUUGUAAAUUUGUUUCUUCAUUUUACUGUAAAUCCCAAACCCACUGUUAAAUUUCCGGAUCGUCCAAGACGAUGUUUAACUGGGAAAGAAAAGUCUGUUGUGCGAUUCUCAAAAACUGAAGCUAGAUGGGGAUAUAGUGGAACAAGUGAUCGAAUUAAGUUCAUUGUUAAUCGCCACAUCUUCGUUGUGGGUUUAGGCUUGUAUGGAUCAAUAAAUGUUCCCACAGAUUACGAAGUUAGCAUCCAAAUUAUAAAUUCAGAGACCGGCGUGGUUAUAGGGCAUAAUGAUACUGCCUUUAGUUGUGAUGGUACUGAUGCAUUAAAUCGUGUUAUGUUUAAAGAACCAAUUGAAAUUAUGCCUAAUGUGAGUUACACCGCUUGUGGAACAUUAAAAGGACCUGACUCAUACUAUGGAACAAAAGGUUUAAAAAAAGUUGUAAUUGAGUUGCCAAAUCGUGAAAAAGUAGAAUUCAAAUUUUCUUAUGCAGCAGGGAAUAAUAACGGAACAUCUGUGGAGGAUGGCCAAAUCCCAGAAAUUAUAUUUUAUACAUAAACAUGAAGUAUAAAAAAGGUAUACCAGUCCUAUAGUUUUCCAUCACCAUGCAGCUAGAUGAAUAUAAGUGGUUUCACCUGUUUUGUCAGCAUGUUUGCAUAGUGCGUAAAUUAGCGUGAUUACUGCUAGAAAUAAAUAUAUAUAUUUUUCAAAUUUAUGUGUUGAUAAUUGUACUUUUUUUUUAAUUUGCCACCACAAUGUCUUUAUUUACAAUUAUGUUGAAAUUGAUAUAAAGAACUUUAUUAAUAAUAAUGCAGUUAUGCAAUUUAAGAAUCUAAAUAUCAUUUGUAUUGCUCAAUAUUAUUUUCACCGUUUUUGUAUGUAUUUAAAAUAUCCAGGCAGACUAAUUUUGUAUCCUUUGUAUAGCCUUCAGAGUAUUUUUUUUUUGUUUUUCUCUAGAUAUUUUUUUUAAGCCUAUAUGUGACUUAAUAAUGUGUGAAAGAUAUUUCAUUAAGGGUCUUAUUGUAACUGAGAUAUUUACGCUUUUAGAGAUAUUUAUAACAUAGAAUUGUUCCUUUAGACUAUAAAUUCUUCGCUAUGUACUGAAACGAAUACUUUUUAGGUUGUUAGAAAUAACCUUCAUAGGAAAAGGAUAGGAGAAAUCGCUUUCCUGAGACAGAUAUACACUAUUUGUCUACUUCCAUGGGUAUAAAUAAUUAUUUGAGGAAACAUGUACAGACUCAACUUAUUAAAACCUUUCAUAUUGUCUUUAAUUUAUCUUUGUUUUUUUUUUUGCUUUCUUUUUUUUCCUUUCUUCUUUUUUCCCCUAAAAAUGACCCUUGAUCUUGGAUUUAGGAAAAUUUAACUGUACUUUAUUGGGAGUAAUUUUCCCUGCUCCCGUUUAGUAGCUGACGUGAAUUUUUUUUAUUUCAAAAAUUUAGUGGAUUGCCCUAUUUUUCUUAUUUAUCUAGCACAAUUUACAAAAAAGCUGGAAAAUGAAUAAUUCCUUACAUUGAAUAAUGCCUUGCAGAUUAUUCGUGACAUUGUAUAUACAUUGAAUGCGUAAAUAAUUCACUUGAAAUUGACCUCCAAAACGCCAACAAUAGCAGAUCUCUUUUCAAUUUUUUUUACUUCUUCCCUACCAUUUUAGUCAAGCAAUUCCCACCCCUGCUAUUAGACAAUGAGAAAAGCUGUGGUGGUCGGCAAAACUAAAAAACAAAUAUAUGUUAAUUUUUUUUUAGAUUUUGUUUAUCUAAGUGGUUCCACUUCAGUGAUGUGAGCCAAAAACACCAAACCAAAAUAAACAAAACAAACUUCGUGGUUGUCGGUAAACAAAUAUUAUUUGCAGGGAUUUAAUUUUGCACACUUUUGGAAAAUUAUGCAAAACGCUGCAAUAAAAUGUUUACCGCAAUAUAAAAAUCUUGUUUAUUGAUUUAAAACGUCAAAAUUUGGGGUUUGAUAGCCUUAUUUUUAAGGAACUGGAGGCACUGGGCAGUCCUUAAAAGCCGUAAGAAACUAACAGACCUUUCCUAAAAAAGAUAGAGAUAUCUGUUUCCAACACAACCUAAACGCUUUUUGCGUCAAGUUUUAGGCACUAAAUGUUUCCUCAAAACAUUAUUUCAAUUUUCAGAAAUAAAACUUUAUAUUUUGGGGGGCCCUUUUGUAACCCAUCAAAUUUGAACAUCAACAACCACCAGGGUAUUUAUGUUAUUAAAUAGUGCUCUGACUGUUACUAAAAAUUAUAAGAAAAAAAAUACAUUUUUCUUUUUUUACCGUUUUCUAUAAAUCACUAAAAAUAUGUACACUUGUUUAUCUUUUCAAAAAUAAUUUUAUCAUGAUCCUCCACUUUUAAACGCACCGUCUCAUAACAGCACACCUAAAUUAGGAGAAAUUAUUAAUAAGGGCCAGGGUGAUUAAUAGAUUUAGAAGGAGGCAUCUACAACAAAGAGCUACAAGAGCUUAAUUUCUGAUAGCUAAGCUACUAGCUAUUCUAUACGUCCAUGGGUUAUACAAAAACAGACAGGUCAGAAAAAGUUUGCAUAUAUGGCUAAAAAACGAUUAUUAUUUCCUGAGAAGUCUUGAUGUUCAAACUACAGCCUUCCAAACAACUACCUUAAGUGGAUAAAUUUUGGCGGGGAUUUAAUUUGGCGAAUACAAAGAAUGUUUAUUUUGGCGGGGAUUUAUUUUGGCGAAUGACACAAAGAAAUGAAUUUUGUCUCGAAAUGUUUAAUAAAAAAUAAGAAACGUAUAUAUAAACACAAGUUCAUUUUUGAGAGAAAAAAACAUUUUUCUUUUUUUCUUAAUUAAAAAAAAUACAUAUUUUUUUUAAUUUGGAGCGAAUUUAAUUUGGCGAACGGUAAAUUAUGUUAAAUUUGGCGAGUGUUUAAUUUGGCAAAUAGUCGGUUAUCUAAAUUUUGGCGGGUAUUUAAUUUGGCGAAAUUCGCCAAAUUUAAUCCUCGCCAAAAUUUAUCCACUUAAGGUAGUAUCAAGUUCUGUUCAUAUUAGCUAUACAAACCUUUCUACAAAAAUACCACCAUCAAGCCAACCGGAAAUUUGAGUGCUUUUUACAUUGGUGUUGGUUUAGCCGUGAAAACCCGAAUAUGUUGUUGUUGCGUCUGCGUUCACAAUACAAAACCUUUGCUGCAAAAAACGCAAAAGCAAAGAUAUUAAAACUUUGUUUGAUAUUGUGCGUUAAGCUUAUGCUUACGUCAAUGUUUGCGUCGAACGUGUUCACGCAGUCCUUUUCUGCUGUUUGUAGGCUAGUUUCAACACCGAAAGUAUUGGGAUCUGUUAUCAAAUUAAUGAUUUAUGUUUCUUUUUUGCAGUCUUGCCUAAAAUUUGCUAUCACAUUUUUAAAUGCGUUGUUCGAUUUUAAACAUUUUUUGUGGUCCCAGUGCAACCUCCUCUCCAGGACUAUUUGCUUCUCAACUGAUGGUUCUAGUAAAAGAUGCUGGGGUCGAGCUUGGUCCCGGGAGCCAUAUUUGAGUUCCGGUUGUUAGCAACACAGUGCUGUAACUCUAUUCUUUAGAGGUGUAUAACUUAUGGCAAAGAUUUUAUGGCAAAGAAAAAAACUUCGAGGGUGCUCAUAUGGAGAAAAAAUAGCCUGGCAAACCGGGGGCCUCGGUUGUCCGAGAUACAGCAGUAGUAUUUUUCCAGUGAAAAAUGCUUUGCGUUUAUAUUUAAGAAACAGCUCGUCUAACCGAGAUCUCGGCAUACUGGUACCGGAAUCUGGGUUUAGCGGGAUAAUUUUUUUCUUAAUAUGAACGCAAUUUCUGAGUUUUGUAUCACUCCCAUGGAUUACAAUUUUUUAAAGGAAUCAUCCUUGUAAUUUAAAUUUACUUUAGAUAUAACAAACAUCUGUGACUUUCUUCAGCCCGCCUAACCAAGCCGCCACACCAAAACAAACUGGGCCGUACCUGCUUUCCGUGGUUGUCAGUAAAAAAUAUUAUUUGCAAGAAUUUAUUUUGGUGAUUGGAGAGAAUACUAUUUUACAGGGACAAACUUUUGCAAAACGCUGUAAAACAUUUUCACCGCCAUAAUUUCCAUAAAUUACCUUGUUUAUUGAUAAGAACGUCCAAAUUGUAGGUUAGAUAGCCUAUUUUUAAGAAACUAGAGGGACUGGGCAGUCUUUAAAAACCGUAAAAAACCAACAAACCUUUUCAAAAAAGAGAGAAAUCUGUUCCCAACAAAACCUAAACGCUUUUUGCGUCAAGUUUUAAGCACUAAAUGUUUCCUCAAAAAAUUAUUUUAACUUAUAAAUAAAAAUAUAAAUAAAUAAAACUUCAUGUUUAAAAAUAAUUUUUAGGUUUUAGGUCCAAACCCUCCCUAAUUUUAUGUUGAUCCUUCACUUUUAAACGCACCCUCUCA